AUGGAUGCUUUUCUAGGUGAAAUUUCAGAUAAACUUCGUACAGAAAUUGAAGCAAUCAGCACCGAAGUAGAGCCUGAAUUAAAACAAGUCAUCGUGAGAAGCUAUACCUGUAUGGCAGACUGCUAUAAAUCCCCAGAUCCACUCAGCCAUUGUGGAAAUUGUGCAGACAGAUGCAAUUUACUCGUAAAAGAGCCUCAAGAAGAACUAGAAAAGCACAUCCACUACGUCCAAAAUACCUUCCAGAACUGCAUGCAAGGCUGCGGGCUUAAAAUAAAUAAAUCCGAUAACCAAGAAAUCAAGACCUGCAUUUUCAAUUGCUCAAAUGACGCUUUCAAAUUGCUGGGUGAUGUCAAAAAAUCAGCCAAAGAAAUAAUAAGAAAAUAUCUUGAUUAA